UGGCUUCUAAAUGCUUCUAAAAGUAUUGCAUUUUGUUGCAUUUGUAGUUUUGUAGCUUCCUAAGUUGUUUUUCCUUCAUCAAAAUGGUAGAUAAUAAAAAAUUUAGUUCUGGUAUUAUCGUAUUUGAUGAUAUAAAUGCAUGCAACGCAAGACUUUGUGAAGAAAUAGACAAUUAUUUGUACGAAAUAAUUGUUUUUGGAUUGGACUGUGAGUGGGUUACUGCAAGUCAAGAACAGAACGAUAAAAGUUCUGUAAGUCCAGUUGCUUUGCUUCAAAUAGCUUUUCCGAAUGGCACUUGUUUCCUAAUACGGUUGUGUAAAAUGGGAGCAAAGCUGUCCGACAAACUUAAGGAAAUUUUAGAAGAUAGAAAUAUCUUGAAAACAGGCGUAGGUAUCAGUGAAGAUGUUAAAAAACUGAACGCAUGUUAUGGUUUGGUAAUACAAGGUUGUGUGGAUUUACGACAUGUAGCUCUGAGAUGUCAUGGAUAUGUUGAGUAUCGCGUUGCUGAUGGAGGUAUUAGACAAGGAAUGAGCUUAUCAGCAUUAUCCCAGCAAAUACUUGGUGUGACAAUGGAUAAAGACUGGAGAAUUAGAUGUAGCAACUGGGAGGCACCUCAGCUAUCAGAACGUCAGAUAGAGUAUGCUGCUAAUGAUGCAAUUAUUGCCAUUCAGAUCUUUUUUAAACUUGCUGCCUCCAAACUAAAAGAACGGAAGUAUAGAGUAGAAGCAGGUGAAAAAGAAAAGGAUGAAAGUAUAAAUUUGGAAACUGAUGAUGUUUCUUUGAGAAAAGAAGAAUGCCCAUUGAAUUCACAUGAUCUAUCAGGUGAUGUCCAAGAAAGUUCAAAGAAGAUUGACGAAAAUAGUUCAAAGGGGGUUUCAUGUAACAGAGAUCCCACAGGAACAGAUAGUGUGGUUUCUUUAAAUAGCAUCAGCACUGAGUCUACAAGUCAGGGGAAUAUUACCCAAAGUGAUAGAUCUGCUGAUGAAAGUGAUCCACAGAGUGAUAAAAUUGAUCCUGAAAAUACAACUUCUGUUAGCCAUGAGAAAGGGAUGAUUUCAAAUUUGGUAUCAAAGAUACAAACAUUUUCAUUGGGAUCCUUUCUUGGAAUGCAAGCAGAAGCCAGCCAGGUGCAAAAAGUGCACAACUCAAAAAAGACAAAAAAUUACACGCAAUAUCAAAGUUUCAAAGGAUUGGAAUUAAACACACAUUUGUUUUCGUCUCAUGAGUUGUGGAGUUCCAUUACCCCCCUUUGUCAUGGAAUUACUGAUGUGCCUUAUAAAAUGAAAACAAAGAACAAGCAAGGCACAAAAGUGCACGAGAGUAGUGCAAAGAGCCAAAAGAAUUUGACUGGGCAGACAUCCAAUAAGGUGUCAGGACUAAAACCACGUCGGUUACCAUUGUAUCAGAAUUGUGUUAUUGAGGCACCUGAUGGUGAAAUGUUGAGCACAUGUGAUAAAAGAAAGGCCGAGUGGUAUCUCUGUAGAAAUUUAGCUGAAGUUGUAAAAGAAGAGCCGUAUACUAUCCGUUUAAACUUUGAGCCCUCUGGACGACCAUUUGACCCGGAACACAAAUACUACCUCACUUUUAAAGAGAAUAUGUGUGUUGUUUGUGGCAGAGAUGACAGUUAUAUGAGGAAAAAUAUUAUUCCUCAUGAUUACAGAAAGCAUUUUCCUGUCUGCAUGAAAGAUCACCACUCUCAUGACGUAUUGUUGCUAUGCCCAUCAGACCACAUGAUCUCAACUUACCAAGAUGAUUUAUUGCGAAGAAAACUAGCGGAGAAAUAUCAGGCGCCUUUAGGUAACCAAGCCUCAGCACAAGUCGCACGACUGAUGCAAGACCCAGAACUCAAGAACGUGAAAUCUGCAGCUAAAGCGCUUGUUUACGCCGGAGAGAAGAUUCCUGAAGGAAGAAGAAACGAACUGCUAGCUACUGUCAAGGAAUAUUUCAAGACUGACGAGCCUACGCGAGAAAUGUUGCUUAAAGCUUCAGAACUCGAAACAAGACGUGAAAAUUGUGAUUUUAUUUCUCAUGGGCGAGAAGUUGUUCGGAAGGUGAAGGAGGAAGGGGAGUUGUUGGCUUUUGAGAGAAUGUGGCGGGAACAUUUUUUGGAAACAAUGAAUCCGAAGUAUUUGCCGCCAUUGUGGACUGUGGACCAUGAGCAGGAGAAGGUCAAGAAAUUGCUCGAGAAAGAAUUGGGCAACUUCAAUUGAGUCAUUUGAGUGAGAUUUGUUGUGUGAAAAUUAGAAAAUGGAUCAUCCGUAAUAGGUUUUUAUAGCUAAGCAAUAUUUGUGUUGUAGUUAAUGUGUAUG